CCAGCGUAGCUAGAGGACAGGCAAAAGUUGGAAGAUAGCAGGGGAGGAGUCAGCUGCCCCGGGGGUCUCCAGCGGCGGCGUUCGCUCGCUCGCUCGCUUGCUCCCGUCCGGCCGGCCGGCCGCUUCGCCUCGCCUCGCCUCGCCUCGCCGACUGUCUCUCGCUCCUGCCUGCAAUGUGGCAGCCGCUGCAGUGAGAGUGCGGAGGACCUGCGGAUUCUCCUUGAAUCAGCCGUGACGGUGCAGCGCGGCGAGAGUCGGCCGCCGAGCCGCGGGCCUGAGAGGGAACCCAAGCAGCGGCUCCCACAUAGAAACCCGGAAAACUAUUGAGGCCGAGUGGGAAAUUCUCACAAGUCAGGUUUGGAUCCCGAAGUCAUUCGGACAUGGAGGUCCACGGCAUCUGGGUCGAUGCCCUGAGGCUGGGCCUUCCGCGCACAGCCUUGGAGCUGAUCGCCACACUACUGCUUGUUGUGAGGUCUGCUGAGGCCUUGGAGAUGUCCGUAGGCAAGAUUCCCUUCUUGGAGGCCGUCAACGGCAGCACAGUCGUGUUGCCCUGCACGUACUCCAGCUGCAUUGGCAUUGAGAACCUUUACUUUAGAUGGCAGUUCAAUGACAACGGCACCAUGCAAACAGUGUGCGACGCAGUGAUACCGUCCGAGGGGGUGGUGCCAAAGGUGAAGAUGUAUAAGGAGCGGUUCGAAUUUGUGGGGAAGAACCGGAACAACAACAUUUCCAUCUUGUUGUGGAACAUCACCUUCGAGAAUGGAGGCCAGUACACUUGCUUUGGAAGCAACCCCAAAGAAAAGAACAAGAACCACAGCGCCAUCUUCAAACUGAUUGUCGUGGACGAGUUGAGGGAAGUGGACAACACGCUGACCAUCAUCAUAGCCUCUGCUGUGGGCGGAGCCAUCGCCCUGCUCAUGGGCUUCAUGCUGCUGAAGAACUUCACUCUCUUUGUUCUCGCCAAGCUCGAGGAGAAAAAUAAGGAGUGCCUUGUAACUUCCUCGGGGAUCGACAACACAGAAAAUGGCCUCUCAGGAUCGAAAGUGGAUUCAAAACCCAAACCUCCGAAACAGAAAUGAGGAGGCGCAGGCGCAGGCGAGUGCUCGUAUUCAUAAGCCUUCAUUGCAGAAUUGCACUGUACGAAGUACGCUAUGUUUCAACAAACAAAAAACAAAACAAAACAAAAAAGUGCGUGGCUGCCUUUGUUUUUCAAAUGUACAUGCAAUACAUAGGACCUAAAAUUUUAGCUGCUUUGUCAAAUGUGCACACUUUUACGCCUACAAAACGCAACCAAAGACACUUCUGUUCAAUAUUUAGACUUCCUUUUAAUAUGUCAAAGUCAAAAUAUGUCCAAAGUUUUCGGUCGCUUAUGAUAAACCCGUGGCUUUACUAAUCAUCCUCAUUGGUAAAGUGCCAUUUGUUUACAUGGCAAGUCAUUUCAUUGCGAAGGCUUACGAUUCAAAGGCGAGCGUGGUAGUUUAACGAGUCUUUUACUGUGUGAUGACACAGCAUAGGCACUGUUUUUAUGUAUUAGAAGUCCUUUUUUUUUUUUUAAUUCACAACAUGUAGUUGUAGCUGGCUUGAAUCCUGUAUAAGUAACACAAAAUAAUGGUUUUGGAAAUCUCAGUAUGGCACAGACCUUUGAAAUGUGACCUUUAAAAUUGACCUUGAAACAAAUGGGAGGGCCCACUCUGCUUUUUUUCUUUGCUUGAUGGAAAAGAGGCGCCUGCCGUUACACCCGAGUUCCUCCAAAAGUGACGGACACAGCACAUGCAAAUAUUACAAAGGUAGGGAUAACGUCAUAAGCUUCUCACUACAACUAGACAACCCCUCCAACCCUUAUGAAUGUCUUACCAGUGUUGCUGCUUUUAUGAAAAAAUAACUCAUGCAAUUCAUGCAUGUGACAUGAGUCAGCAUUUAGAAUGCUUAAAAACACACACACACACACAACAACAAUAGUGUGUGUGUGUUUGGGGUAUACAGUAUAUAUUCUAUUACAGUGGAAGUAAUAGCUCUAGCUCUGGGAGGUUAUGUAAUAACUAAUAUACUACAAACCAUAUUCUUCUGUAUUCCUACGGCUAUGCAUUGUCUGUGACACGCCCUGGUUAAUCUGUAUUAUUCCAUGCAGAUGGUAGUUUUACAAGUUACUUUAUUUUGAAGAGAAGAAAAAAAAAAAAGAAAGAUGCUUUGUCCUGUGAAUGAAGGUGAACGUCCGUGACCACGUGAGCGGGUCUCAUCUUGCACGCUGGGUAGAGUGCUCUUGCGACUGACUGUAUGACGAAUGUGCACCGAAUUUUGUAUUAUAUGUUGAAACUUGCACCUUGAAAAGAUUACCUCUGGAGUGUGCCGCAGAUGCUGGAGAUCGACUCAAAGGUGAACGUACAUGCCAGCAUACUGGAGCGGGAUUUCUCAUGUUGAUACUACUCAUUAUAAUGUGCCUCCAUUCUUUAACCGCCGGUGGAAAGCAAUAUUAUAAUAAAGGGUGGGUUUCAUAUCAGGUGUGUCAAUGUAUUGGUUCAAAUGAACAACUUCGAGUUUUGUUCAUUUGAACACUUGAAAGAGGCCGGACUGAUAUUGCAGAAAAGUGCGCAGUGACUUCCAGAUGAAUUCUGAAUUAGCAAGUGCAACUAACCUCAAAAGUAAAUUGGACGUUUUCCACCGUGCAAACCCAAGGAGAUCAUUUUGGAAGACGAAUGAGUCAAUUUGGCUGAAGAAUGAUUUUGCUGCAGGGCUAUCAGAUGUUGUCUUGUAAAUGAACUCUAUUGAACAAGUCCAAUGAUUGACUUGACAAAAUCAUGUCACUGAAGAUUGUUUAGAUUCUGAUGGCGAGGGCGGUAUCAUCAUCAUCACUAGUUCCGAGUUCUAUGCAAAAUUACAAAAUAAGUGCAUGCUCUGAUUUUAACAAUCGUUAGACUGAUCCUCUGAGUCACUGUAACGAUAUUGCAAGCGAUACAAUUGAAUAUGUUCUGGAUCAGGACGGAGGAGCGUCUUGUGGGUUGGGACUCCUGUACUUGAUCAGAAUCUGCAGUCUGCAAACUUACCUUGUCAUUCUCCAUCGCUGUACACAAAUACUCUGGCUCCGGCUCGCCCCCAGGUGACGUCCCUGCCUUGUCAAGUUCUCCCUGUAGAUCAGCUCUUGACCUGUUUAUUACUGAAACUCAACGAAAUAAAGUUUGGAGCAAAAUA